AUGCCCCGCGACGGCGAUCCUCUAGACGUCUUUGUUCGAUUCAAGCAGCACGUGGACUUGGCCUUUCACUCCCUCCUCCAACCCCACCAGCCACAAUUGCCAGCAGACGCUCAAUCUGAUCUGUCAACCUCCAAAUCACCGGAUACGCCUAUUUCUGACAGCUCUAACCAGCCAGCGCCCCUUGCUACGGUCACAAUGGACAGCUUAGAGUCUCGCCCACCGGCUCUAGACACCGUCUCAGUCGCAUCAUGGGCUUAUUCGCCAGCCAAUUUGCGCCACCUCAGACAGCCCGUCCCGAAUGACCUGCCACCGCAAUGCGACUCGUCCGUCUUCACAUUCGAGGAUGCUUUUGAGGAUUUGCUCGCCGUUUCUCAGGGACAGCCUCUGCCUGAUAUCAAGUCUAGGUAUAAGCAGAGGCUGCUGCUGCGGCAAAUGUUUUCCAAUGGCGAGCCUACUUGGUUCUGGCUUCGAAGGCUAGAAUCUCAAGGUUUGCUUAGACGACCCACUCGUGAAGAGCUGUACUUCCAACCUCGACAUUUUGGAAUAUGGGGAGACGAUGCCGAAUCUGAAUUCCCCAACUCAAAUUGGAAUGACUGGUCUAAGCUUCACGAAGAACUCGAUCGGAAGGCAGCUGAAGUAUGGAACAGUGUUGCUGCAAGUGAGCAAUCUAAUGGCCAGAACCAGACCAACGGCACCAGCUUCUUUGAUGAAGUGCGCCAAACAUUCAAGCAGCUAGAUGAUAGUUUCCAUGGCCGUAAUAAGUCACACCAAGACGACCAUGGUGACCACCAGAAGCGUUUCCCCGAUCACUUUGAUGACCUCUUCUCCUCUCUUGGCUCGACCUUUGCAGAGGGCCACAAGACGUGGGACACUUUCGUCAAGAGCAUCACGGACAACAAACCUGUGUCCACGGAUAACUCAUCCUCUCCAUCAUCCAGUACGAGUGAAGAAAAGGUAUAUGAUAACGGAAAUAAAGAGGUUGUAACAAGAGAAGAAAAGGUCAACAGCUUCGGCUACUUGACUACAACGGUGACGAAGAAGACAUACGAUAAGAAUGGUAAUGAAAUUGGAACGGAAACACACUUUACUAUGCGUCCGGCGGAUCAGACGCAGAAAAAUGAGGCGGGGAGAAAUAAUGAUACCAAUGCCAUCGAGCGAGCAGACACAGAUGCAGAAGAACCGCAGACGCAGGACAAGAAGUCGGGAUGGUUUUGGAAAUAA